AUGCAAUGGAACAAAAGUAACCCUGACUGGAUCUUUAAAAGCAAGAAAGUANACGCUCCGAUUCAUCGCAAAAAGUCUGUUACUACUGCGGCUUCUGUGAAAUCUAAAGGAACUGUACUUGGUCAGAAGAAACCUGGUGGAGCUCGUAAGGCUCUGAAUGAUAUCACAAACAAGUCUGGGAUUCUUGCUAAAGCUUCUUCAAAGAAUAAUAAGCAAAUCGCUUCUGCUGCUUCUACUGCGAAAGAUGAGAUUGACAUAGCUGGGGAAAGGUUCUUACACGAUCACAGCAAAUGCAUCAAACAGCAGCAGAAUAUGUGGGAUGAUCACUUCUCUGCUGAUCUCAUUCUACUUAACCAUGGUUCAAGCAUCAAGGAGAAGCAUCUCAGUUAUGACAUGGAAAAGAUGGAUGCUAAGAACAAUCUGACUUACGACGAACCAGAAGAGAUUGCAUCUCCCAAGUUGACUGAUUGGCUUAAAAGCUCAACGCCAUGGCGCUCCCCAAUCAGACAUGGUUCUAUGAUGAUGCCUUCCACUCCUCUGGCUUGGAGGUUCGAUUCAACUGAGUUCACACUCACAGAAGACUCUGACCUCUUCUAAGUUUCAGUUUCUUUAAUGUCUUUUAAAAAUAUUCAUCCUUCAGAUGAAGUAGUAGUAGCGAUUAUCUUUUGUUCAGCUCAACAAUGUUUCAGCUCUUCAUAAAACUACUCUUUGUAACUGGUUUCAGGAAUUAAAGUUGGAAUCUUUUCAAGCA